GAUUUUAUUUUUUGAAAAAAGGAGAAGGAAAGGAAGAAGGAGGGAGGAGGGGAGGAGGGGAGGUGGCAGGAAGUCAGCCUCAUGGUAUCUGGCUGGUUUGGGUUUGUUCGAACCAGAAAAUGAUUCAGGUAUAAACACAAACACCUACCCGGCGUUAUUUCACCAUGGCUCGGAAUGUUAAGAACGCCAAGCCCCAAACGCCGCUGUCCAAGGAGGACGGCCACCUGACUCCGCCUCCAUUGCCCAAACCCAGGCUCCGCCCCAAGCCCGCCACCAACCCUAAACAUUCUUCUCUCCCCACGGGGAAGUUGAAGAAGCCAGGGAAGCCAAACGAGCAAGAAGUGGAGUAUUCCAUGCCUGUGAAGGAGCUUUCUAAUACCCAAAUUACAAAGAUGUUGAGUCAUGCAGGGAAGUCCCUGGCCAUUAGCAAUACGCAGUAUGAUUUUCCAGUUGAUGGAUCACUCUCACGAGGUCAAGCAAAGUCAUCUGCUGUCAUUCGAGCACAGGAAGUUCGAUCAAAACUAGAACCUCAAUUCCCCAGCUUUGUGAAAUCACUGGUCAGAUCACACGUGGCUAGUUGUUUUUGGAUGGGGCUUCCUUCGCUGUUCUGCAAAUCACACUUACCAGAUAAAGAUAUUACAAUGACUUUGGAAGAUGAAAGUGGUAGACAGUAUCAGUCGAAAUACAUUGCAUGCAAGACCGGACUAAGCGCUGGUUGGAGGCAGUUUGCUGCUUCGCACAAUUUGCUCGAGGGAGAUGUUCUGGCCUUCCAAUUAGUUGAACCUACAAAAUUUAAGGUUUACAUAAUAAGGUCAAAUGGUUUGGCUGAAGUUGAUGGGGAUCUUGGCCUUCCAAAUUUGGAUAAUAAUACAAAACAAAAGGAUGCAGAUAAAGAUAAUGCAGAAAUGAGCACUACGCCUUGUAAUGACUCUACCAAGAAACAUGCAGAAACAAGCACUACCCCUUGGAAUGACUCUAAUAGGAAACGCGCACAUUCUCCUCAAUUAGUAGUUCCAAAGAAGAAAAAGAUUGGUUUGCAGCAAGUCAAACAAUCUGAAACCAAUAGUGAGGAGGUUGGUUCUGAAGUUUCAGAAGAUCUCAAGUCACCUGCUGCAACUCUUCAAUUUGAGGACAUCCGAAGUUAUGAGAAUUUCAACAUUCUAGUAGAUGGGUUGUUUCUAGAUCCUGAGUUCCCCGAAGAUGUACGAAGAAAGUACUACAAGCUCUGUCGCAGCCAGAAAGCAUUUCUUCAUGAAAAUGUUAUCAAGGGCAUGAAUCAUAAUUUGAUUAUCGGAGCCAUAUCUGAAACUGUAAAUAUUGCUGAUUCCAUUAAAGCUUGCAAGGUCACUGCGCUUCGAGAUGAUUUUGUGUCUUGGGACAAGUAUUUAACAGCCUUUGAGUUGUUGGGCAUGAAUGUUGGAUUUUUACGUGAACGGGUAUGCCGGCUUGCAAACCUUGCCAACGACUCGGAAGCUGCCGUGGAGGCAAAGAUGUAUAAAGAAGCUAGAAUUGAGCGAUCUCAGGCAGGAAUAGGAAUAAGAAAUAUCGAGAUGAAGCUGGAGGAACUGAUGGAGGCGUGCGAUGAAUUUGGUGCUGCCAUUGAGAGCCUGAGAUCGAAAGCUGAAAUCAACAAGCUCAGGUUCCAGGAAGAGGUUACUGCUCCUUGGUAAAUAUGCUAUUGUGAAUAUAAAUUCCACUUCCUUUUUUGUGUUCAUUUCAAUGUACUUAUUUCCAGUUUAUAUCUGUGACCCAAAAGAUGGCUGAUUCUGCUUUGUAUGGUGGUGGUAAAACGACUAGCAACUAGGUACAUAUCCUCAAUGAGGAGAAAGAGAUUCAUCACAAUAUGCAUUUUUGACUUGGGAUUUGGGAUAUAAUUGUGUUUAGAGGAGUACUAGGAUUAGUCUCCAUGUGGUGCGUAGCUGAUUUUGAUCGUUCCUGCUUUGUGGAUCUCACGAGCACGCCAAGAUAAGCUCGACUGAUUUUGGUAUUUCCUGUAUGUUUCUUUAGGAAGUAUUUAUCAACCAAAACAAGUCGGAGUAGAAAGUGUAUUUUCAUUUCAUCUAGAUAGUCUUACACAUGACUUUGUACUAGUGGCUCACGACGCUACAGUGAUAAUAAACACUUUUCAUGUAAGUCCUUCUGAGUAGGGAUAGGUGCAAGCUUUAAUGCCUUCGCUUCGGUCUAGUCCUGCAGUGGAGGAUCUUUGAGAUUUUGACUAUGAAUCUUGUAACCCCUUCUGGUUUGUCCACUCCUUUAGUGCUUUUGCAUGUGACACUCUCCAGAUCUGUCGAUACGAGAUUAUAUGUAUACGUAAGGUUCGAUAGCCGUGGCUUGGCUGUAACAUUUAUAGCACUCUGCCUGUUACUACUGUGUUGCACCUAUCCAAUCUGCGCUGAAACCUCUCCAUUCAUCCAAACCUUCAACUUUUGUUGACUAACUUUAAUAAGUUAAAAGCUGUUUGAUAACUAUUUUGUUUCAGUUUUCAAUUAUAUUUUUUUAAAUAAAACUGAAAAACAAUGCUUAACUUCGUUAUAAUUCCAUUGCCACGAUUAAUUACGACAAUGGUCCUUGAGUUUGUACCCAUAUUUUACUUUGGUCAUUCAAUUCAAUUUUAGAUGAGUACGUGAGUUAGAUUUUUUCUUUUUGAAAUGAUUGUUAAUAAAUAAAAUAUUCAAAGUUUGUUAAAACAUAAUGUUGUUGGAGAUGAAAGUUAAGAAGACUGGUUAAAGUAAUUUUUCGACAUUGUUCAUAUGCUAAACUAGCAAAAAUUUAACAAAUUCGUUGGAAAUGCUCUUAGUCAAUUACGAUGUGAUAAAAUUGUCGAAACCAAUGAAAGAUAUGACACACUGAGCGAAAGUGGGACACCAAGUACCAUAGAUUUUGAAAACUAAAUUGAAGCGUUAAAGUAAAACUCGAUUACAAAUUCAGGGACACUGUCAUGAUUAAGGGACGAAGUACAGUUUGAGAAAAUAGAAAGUGCAAAAAUCAUUUCUCCAUAAUUAUACUUUGUUGCCUAAGUUCUGGAAAGAUGGAGGGUUGAUCCAAGAGUACAGCUAAAUUGCAAGUAGUUAUCUACCACAGCGGUGGAGAUGAGUUUGGUGAGUGUUAUCCUUACAUUACAGUGUGGGUUGGAACAUCGGCUCCUUAAUCUAAUAAAUUUAUCGU